AUGGACACCAUGCAUCGGCUCCGGCUCUGUGCGAUCGUCGCGGUGCUGCUGAUGUGCCGUUAUGACUGGCUCUUUUCCUUACCCGGGCGGUCCUCCAUGAGGGCUACGAAUGCUCUGGAGCUAUCACCAGUGCAUACGGAGUUUCCCCGGGCCCUGGCCAAGUCGGCGCACAUCGAUUCGGAGGCCGUGGAGACGGCCUGCGCCGCGCUGGCGGUGAACGUGCUGAAGGGCAAUGUAGAUCAGGUAGAUGCUUUGAUGGUGGUGCUCAAAUCUAUGAUGCCCCCGAGUGAGGGCGCGCAGAAAGUUCGCGGACCUCCGCCGGACGCGACGCUGGAGAAGUCAGAGUUGGUGUGGUCGGAGCACGACUACAUGUCGGGACCCCAGGAGAACCUCCGCGUGCUGCAGAGCUACGAAGCCGAGUACGCCAAACGCGUGGCCUUCGCGGAGGAAGGCUUUCGAGAUCCCAAGGUCUUGGCGGGGGCCUUGGAUUUGGCCGUGGCGUACUUGAAGAACUAUGCGGUGGACAAGGCCGAUGCCUUGUAUACGGCCACCGAACCCUUCUGUAUGGAGCGAGGCCUGCCCUGGGACGUGAAAUGGCUACAGGACUGCGCCACGCUGCGCUGCAAGCAGCAGCGCAUGCCCGAGGCCGCCGUGAUGCUGGAGGAAGUGGCCAAAAGGACGCCGCCGCACCCGGCCACCUUGAACAACCUGGGUACUGUCUACAACAUGAUGCGUGACCACGAGAAGGCACAGGAGUACUUCUUGGCCGCGCAGCAGGUGGCGGGUCAUGAUGAGCCCGACAAGAACGACCUGUGGAACAUGGGCAUCGCUAAGAAGCACCUGAGAUACUACGACGAGGCCUUGCCAAUGUUGUUGAAGGCCUUAGAGGCCUGGAAAGUGGAAGAGCCCGAUGAUGAUGUCACGAUUGCGAAGCUCCACGAUACCGUGGGAAGCUGCUUUGACCUCAUGGGUAGAUAUGAGGAAUCCGUGGACCAAUUUGCCUCCGCCCGGAUGCUCUUUGGGCGCAGCAUUGGCGCAGACAGUCCUUUGUACGGCAGUGCUUGUGAGGGAUUGACCAAAGCCUUGAUGCACGCAGGGCGCUAUGCGGAGGGCUUCGAUCGACUGGAAGAGACCUUUCUGAACCAGGCUCAAAAAGAUGCCAUUCAUCCCACGCCCGUUUUCGAACUCUUGGGCCUUGCUUUGGAGGACUUUGUGGAUAAGGGCGGCAUGGACGUCAUGGAGCUGACCCGCUUAGAAGCGCCCAUGGAAAUCGCGGUCAAGAACAUGGUCUACCGCGGCCUGGACCAAGAUGGCAAUGCUGGUGUCGUCUUCGAAAGGAUGGCGCAAGUACUUCUCAGAUGUCGCGUCGAUGGCGAUGAUGGCAGCAUGGCACAAGGUGAUGAGCAGCGGCAGAAGGACGCCGCCCGGCGGCGACAGGUGGCCCGCAGCUUGUUGCAGCGCUCCAAGCCCUUGGUGGAUGCCACAACGCAGUCCGGGGAGGCUGACUUGAAUCACAUUAGCGCACUGAUCGACAUGGAGCUUCAGGUUUUGGACACGCAGGACUCGAUCUACAGAAGGGCCUUAGAUUCUGCAGGUGCUACGCCUGCGUUGACUUAUUGA